AUGACUUCUAUUGUUGAACUGUUUCCAAAAUGCCGCAAGCUUGCUUACGACUCGAGACAGCAGCUGUCGCAGGUCGAGAAUGGCCUGUUGCGGGCGUCGGAGCUCUUUCUGGUGCUGGAUGAGCUGGGAAUGCAGUUAGACAUCAUGGAUCAGCUUGUUCAGCGAGAAACUCCAGCACAGCGAGAGGUUUGGAAGCGGAAAAUUCUUGAGCUGAGAGAAGAAUCCAAAUCGUUGCGACGCUUGGGGGAAGACUACGACCGAAGAAUGAACGCCAAUUUACGACAUCAACGAGAGCGAGAUGAACUUCUACGCCGUCGAAAACAGCGAACGCCUCACUCCAAUAUUGACGAGAGAGACAUGUCCAAUCUUGCGGAUGAGGGAAAAUCGUUGCAGCAGAGUCAGCUCAUGGUUUCGGAAAUAAUUGCUUCUGGUGAAGCCAGUUUGAAUGGUCUGAUAGAACAGCGUCAACGCUUGGGAGGAAUCACCAGGACUAUUUUUGACAUUGGAAAUCGGCUGGGCUUGACGCAAUCAACAAUGCGAAUCAUUGAACGACGAGACAUUACUGAUUUUUACUUGGUUGUGGCUGGGAUGGUGGUGACGCUUAUUGUGUUGUAUCUUGUGUGGUUUGUCGAGUGGUAA